CGGACUCUGUAAUGACGUCAUAUUUAAGCGUCGGUGCGCUCUGCAGAGAGUAGCCGAUCUGGUAGUGACAGUACUUGCUGGGUGAGUCCCGCUAUGAUGGUGUUUCCUAAUUCAUUGACGGAGGAGGAAGAGGCUCUUCAAAAGAAGUAUGCUAAACUUAAGAAAAAGAAAAAGGCUCUACUUGCACUGAAGAAGCAGAGUUCUACCAGCCAGACCAACCAGAGUGGACUGAAACGAACAUUAUCAGACCAGCCGGUGGUUGACACAGCCACAGCGACAGAACAGGCAAAGAUGCUGAUCAAGUCUGGAGCCAUCAGUGCCAUCAAGUCAGAAAACAAGAACUCUGGAUUCAAACGCUCCCGUAUGCUUGAGAUCAAACUUAAAGAUCCAGAAAAAGGCCCGGUCCCAGCUUUCUUACCCUUCCAGAGAAGCGUCUCCACGGAUGAGGAUACCACAGAGUCUGGAAAGCGAGGCCACCGGAAGUCUCUUUAUGAGAGCUUUGUCAGCCCCAGCGAGCGUUUCCGCGAGGAGGACGACAGCAGCAACUUGUCGUCCAGCCAAGACACAGACAGAGACAGAGAGAGGGGCCGUGAGCUGGACCGAGACAGGGACAGAGAUAGAGAGAGAGACCGGGACAGAGGAAGGCCCAGAGAGAGGGAGAGGGACCGGGAAAGAGAUCGUGCCAGAGAACGAGAUCAUAGCAGGGAAAUGGACCGGGAGCGUGAGGCAGAUCGGGAAAGAGAGAGAGAUGCACCAUUCAGAAGGUCAGACUCCUAUCCAGAGCAGAGAGGGGUGAGGAAGGGGAACACGGUCUACGUCUAUGGUGCUGGGCUGGUGGAAGACAGUCUCCGCUCUGCCUUUUGCCAACACGGCAACAUUAUUGACCUCUCCAUGGACAGCCCGCGCAAUUGUGCCUUCAUCACAUUUGAGAAGAUCGAGUCUGCUGAUCAAGCUGUCGCUGAGCUAAAUGGCACCACAGUGGGCGAUGUUCACAUCAAGGUCAGCAUCGCCAGAAAGCAGCCCAUGCUGGAUGCAGCGACUGGAAAAUCUGUGUGGGCAUCUCUGGCCGUCCAGAACAGCACCAAAGGCUCCUUCCGAGAUAAGAGAAACCAAGUUGUGUAUGGUGACUUCCUGUGACCGAAGCAGUUCUCAGUUGUUUGUGUAUUUGUGUUUGUUCUUGUUUUACAUUAAAUGACUUGUUAGUCAGA